AUGUGCUCAUACACCUACUCGUGGUACUACUGCAACCACGACUACUACAUCUGGGCCAACAGCAUCGAAGUCUGCUCGUCCCGCCUCCUCUCCGGCUACUCCUACGACGCCUGGUCCAUCGACAUGUGCUCCAAGAUGAAGAUUGAAUGCGGCGGCUUCUCAAACUACUACUGCACCGACUGCUCCGAAGACGUAGCCUUGGAAUUCGAGCUCGAUGAGCUAUAA